AUGGACUGUGGCAGUACCAUAGACUGUGGCAGUACCAUGGACUGUGGCAGUACCAUGGACUGUGGCAGUACCAUGGACUGUGGCAGUACCAUGGACUGUGGCAGUACCAUGGACUGUGGCAGUACCAUGGACUGUGGCAGUACCAUGGACUGUGGCAGUACCAUAGACUGUGGCAGUACCAUAGACUGUGGCAGUACCAUGGACUGUGGCAGUACCAUAGACUGUGGCAGUACCAUGGACUGUGGCAGUACCAUAGACUGUGGCAGUACCAUAGACUGUGGCAGUACCAUAGACUGUGGCAGUACCAUAGACUGUGGCAGUACCAUAGACUGUGGCAGUACCAUGGACUGUGGCAGUACCAUGGACUGUGGCAGUACCAUGGACUGUGGCAGUACCAUGGACUGUGGCAGUACCAUGGACUGUGGCAGUACCAUAGACUGUGGCAGUACCAUAGACUGUGGCAGUACCAUGGACUGUGGCAGUACCAUGGACUGUGGCAGUACCAUAGACUGUGGCAGUACCAUGGACUGUGGCAGUACCAUGGACUGUGGCAGUACCAUAGACUGUGGCAGUACCAUGGACUGUGGCAGUACCAUGGACUGUGGCAGUACCAUGGACUGUGGCAGUACCAUGGACUGUGGCAGUACCAUAGACUGUGGCAGUACCAUGGACUGUGGCAGUACCAUGGACUGUGGCAGUACCAUAGACUGUGGCAGUACCAUGGACUGUGGCAGUACCAUGGACUGUGGCAGUACCAUGGACUGUGGCAGUACCAUGGACUGUGGCAGUACCAUAGACUGUGGCAGUACCAUAGACUGUGGCAGUACCAUGGACUGUGGCAGUACCAUAGACUGUGGCAGUACCAUGGACUGUGGCAGUACCAUAGACUGUGGCAGUACCAUAGACUGUGGCAGUACCAUAGACUGUGGCAGUACCAUAGACUGUGGCAGUACCAUAGACUGUGGCAGUACCAUGGACUGUGGCAGUACCAUGGACUGUGGCAGUACCAUGGACUGUGGCAGUACCAUGGACUGUGGCAGUACCAUGGACUGUGGCAGUACCAUAGACUGUGGCAGUACCAUAGACUGUGGCAGUACCAUGGACUGUGGCAGUACCAUGGACUGUGGCAGUACCAUAGACUGUGGCAGUACCAUGGACUGUGGCAGUACCAUGGACUGUGGCAGUACCAUAGACUGUGGCAGUACCAUGGACUGUGGCAGUACCAUGGACUGUGGCAGUACCAUAGACUGUGGCAGUACCAUGGACUGUGGCAGUACCAUGGACUGUGGCAGUACCAUGGACUGUGGCAGUACCAUAGACUGUGGCAGUACCAUGGACUGUGGCAGUACCAUGGACUGUGGCAGUACCAUAGACUGUGGCAGUACCAUGGACUGUGGCAGUACCAUGGACUGUGGCAGUACCAUGGACUGUGGCAGUACCAUGGACUGUGGCAGUACCAUGGACUGUGGCAGUACCAUGGACUGUGGCAGUACCCACCUUCCUACCAGGCAGAAUCGUCCUGAGCGCUUCAGCCGGAAUCACAACACGAAAGCUAGCUGCUGUUACAAAGAGGUUGAAGAGGCACUGAUUGGCAGUCAGAAAGCCAACAUAGCUUUUGUGACUCUGCGUGGAGGCGAGAAAGGCCGGUUUGUUGCUGUUGCUGCAUGUGAGCAAGUGUUCAUUUGGGACGUCCGAAAAGGAGAAAAGGUCCUGAUAUUACAGGGACAGAAACAUGAAGUGACUUUCCUCUGCCCGUCCCCCGAUGGCAUCCACAUCGCAGUGGGAUAUGAGGAUGGAGCUGUGAAAAUCUUCAGUUUGUUGAAUGGAGAAAGUAAUGUCUCUUUCAAUGGACACAAGUCGGCUGUUACGGUUAUUCAAUACGACUCUCUCGGGGCACGGCUCGUGACAGGCUCCAAGGACACAGAUGUGAUUGUGUGGGACAUCAUUAACGAGUGUGGCUUAUACAGACUGAAAGGACAUAAAGAUGUCGUCACACAAGCUCUGUUACUCAAGAAGAACCUGCUUGUCACCAGCUCCAAAGACAGUUUUGUUAAAUGGUGGGACUUGGAUACACAACAUUGCUUCAAAACCAUGGUUGGACACCGCAGUGAGGUUUGGAGCAUGGUUCUGCUCAAUAACCAGAGUCGACUGCUCACGGGUUCAGCCGACAGUGAACUUCGGGCCUGGGACAUCAACUUCCUGCAGGAGAAACGAGCUGAGGGAGAACCUGAUGUAAAAAAGGGAAAGGCGCUGAUGACGCUGGAGGAUGACGAGGGCGACGAAGAGCCGGACGAGAACCCGGAAGAGGUAAAAGCACUGGUCUCGGUCACUUCUGUUUUACACUGA